AUCUCAAAUAUCCAGACGAGUGCGCCAUCUAAGCGAGUUAAAACCGUCCCGCGAAAAGUUCCCGAACCCCACUUCUUGUCUGAACGUCUGCCAGUGAAGACCGGGAGGGAACCAACACCAAACAAAAUGACUGACCUCAGCAAAAUCGACCAAGAGAAGGCGGCGUUCGUAUUCUCGAUCUUCGACGCUGACGGCAGCAACAAGAUUGAUGCCUUCGACCUCGGCAAUGUCCUGAGGGCACUCAACAACAACCCCACACUGGCCACCAUCGAGAAGCUCGGAGGCACCAAGAAGAGGGGCGAGAAACUCCUGUCUUUUGAGGAGUUCCUCCCCAUCUACAGCCAAGCCAAGAAAGACAAAGACCAGGGAUGCUACGAGGACUUCCUGGAAUGUCUGAAGCUGUACGACAAGGCUGAGAACGGCACCAUGCUGAGCGCCGAGCUUACACACUCCCUUCUCGCCCUCGGUGAGAAGCUGGAAGACCACGAAGUCGCGGAGGUCAUCAAGGACUGCAUGGACCCUGAAGAUGACGAUGGUUUCAUCCCCUACGGGCCAUUCCUGAAGAAGAUGAUGGCGUAGAAGAUGCGACCGUUAUAUCUUUAGUUAUAAGAUCCAUUUCUCCGAAAAAUGUGCGCCAAACCGGAUGACGCAGAAUAAAGAUAAGGAGUGGGGUUUAAAGGGGGGGAGGCAGCGGCGCGGGCGCACCCCGCCGGCGCCGCCGCCCCCGCCCACGCCCCGCGCCCGCCCACCACCGCCGCCCGUAUACAUCGCCAUCUAGCGUACGGACUAUGAAACACUCCUUUUUAUACUUUUCAACAAAACUGUACAACAUCGACACCAAUGAAUGUACAUACUAUACUAAGAUUAAAUUAUUGUAAACACA